UACCAUUGCAGCUUCAAAAAUUUUCUUUGGACUGAUUCAAUACUAUUUAUGUGACAUUUAUUGACAUAUUUGUCAAAAUUUCGUGUCAAUUUGCUUGAAUUUUCCAAAUCUCCAACGAUGAAGAAGAUGCUAAAAAAAAAGGGAUUUCUGAUUGACAAAAUCACCGAGGAUUCAUUUUACGAAAACCUACUCCUUGGUGUGACUUCAGUACUGAGAAGUUGCAACUUCGUUACACAAAUCCAUCUGGAACGCUAUCCUCCUGCAACUGUUGACGAAGUGUCCACUUGGGAGUCCACCAAUAGUCUUCUCCUACCAAGCGAUCUCCGAAAUUUUUUCCUUUCGACCAACGGAUUCUCCUUCACUUACAAAUUCCAGUACGAUAAGGCUGAGACUGACGAUCCGAGCUACUAUGUCUUAGGGGGCAUUGAAAUCAACCCCCUCUCACAAAUGGAAAAGCUCGUAACCACCGAUACAAUGUACUUGACCGAAGGCGGGAUCAAAAUUUUGGCCCCUUAUAGCAAAAUACACGUUUUGGCCAAAAUGGAUGAUAACAACUGUGUGGUUUUGGCCCAGUUUAAUCCCUCUAAACCUCCCAGUAUUUGGUUGUACUACAAAAUGAAGAUUUUUUACCUCAUUAGUGAGGAUUUUGUCACGUAUUUUCGCAUGGCUUUAGCCCACAUGGGGGUUCCUGGGUGGCAAUUAGCCGUGCUAAAAGCCACACUUCCAGAAUGGAGCAGCGAAAUGAUCCAUAUUCUGGCACCUGGAAUCUUUGAAAACAAACUUUUGGUCGACAAGAGCGAAUUAAACAUUGUCGACUCUUCAAUUUUUGUAUUUGAAGAUUUGGUGUCGGAUUGUGAGGAUGUGAACAGUGAAUGUGAUAGGAAAAAACCGGUGAAAAACAAACCGAAAAAGUGAAAGUUUUAUUGUAACGUAUUACAUAAUGAAAGUAAUGGAAAUAAUUAACCCCCAUAUUCCGCAAAAAGGUAACAAGAUUGAGCAAGAAAUGGACUAACUUCCAUAAAUUACUUGGGCACUUAUUCCUUAUUUUUCCCUGUUUUUAGUGACAUUGACACCGUUCUUCAUCCCGAUUUCUUUAUCUUUAUUGUUCUUUUUCUUCUCGUGGGCGAACAUCUUCACGAAAAUUGUCCGUUUCUUGGACGGAACUUCCUUACUUUCGUCAUCGUCGUCUUCGUCAGCAUCAUUAUCUAUCUUCAUUGAUUUCAUCGCAAUUCUUUCCUUUUUUUGGUGCAAGAUUCUUUAUACCGUCUUUUUUCGUUUGUCAUUAUCGUCAUCUUCAACACUUCGACUUGAAUAAGAUGAUUUCAGUCUUCCUGCAGCGAUUUUUUCUGUUUUUAAGCAAAGAAUCGUCCCUAAAUCAAGUGUUUUUAUUGUAAAUGCUGCACAAAUCGUAGUUUUUGGGCAAAAUAGAGCGAUUUCCGCUUUUCUAUAGCGAUUUUUUUUUGCGUUUUUAAAUAGGAAUUACAUACUUUAAUCUAAAUUGUUGUAUAAAUUGCGUUUUCGGGCAGAAUAAGGCGAUUUCAGCCUUCCGAAAGCAUUUUUUUGCGCACUGUCGUUUUCAGAGAAAAUGAACCGAUUUCUGUCUU